AUGAAUAAAGAUAAAAAGAGAUCAGUAAAUUUUAGUGCCAAAGAAGAAGGAAUACUAAUCAGUUUAAUAAAAAAGUACCGCUCUGUUAUUGAAUGCAAGUUAACAGAUUCAAUAAACACAACGGAGAAAAGUAACUGUUGGAAGCGCAUUGAAACAGAAUUUAAUGCAAUAAAUUGUGAAAUAUUUAGGAGUCAAAAGGUAUUGCAUAAAAAAUAUGACAACAUAAAGAAAAGAGCAAAAAAGAAAUUUGCAGAAGAAGAGUGCUACAUGAGAACAACGGGCGGUGGUCCCCCUAUGGAUGUGAAAUGGACAGAAACCGAAAACAGCAUAAAAGAAAUUUUAGGCAGUAGGAUGGAAGGUUUUCCAUCAGAAUUUGAUUAUGAUUGUAGCAACUAUGUAAUAGACACUUCUGGAGCUGAAAAUGGAAAUAUGUCUCAUUCUCGUUUAUCUGGAGUCGAGUCUAAAAUAGAUGAAUCUGAAUGUAGUAAAGACUUCCUCACAAAGUAA